UCUCAGGUAUCAGUUACAACACCUACACAACAACAAGUAAAUUGUUCACCAAUUGGACAGAUAAAAAGUCAAUCAAAUCAUCAGCACCAUCCACGAAAACAAUCACCGAUUCCGUUACCAUCAUCAGCAUCUCCGGUUGAAGGUACAUUAGCACCAACGACACCACAACAACCCAAACCCAAGAACCAGAGACAACCAACAACCUCAUCUUCACCCUGUUCGAGUCAACAAAGUAGCCCAAUGUCACCAAUGUCACCGACGCAAUUAAACACAAUCAACAACACUACAACUAACAACAGUGUUAAAAGUUCACCAGCUCGUUCACAAAAUGAUCCUUUAGAUGAUUCAAAUUGCCAAUCACCAUCAUCUAACCAGAAUAGUGAUCAUCUUCAUCACCAUCAUCACAAUAAUCAACAAUUACAAUCUAGUAUUACACCAGCAAGUAGCCUUAUUUCAAACACUAAUUCAUCUUCACCGAUUGAUUUAUACAAUUCAGAGACCAUUUUAAGUUGUGAUAAAUGUGAGAAAACUUUCAACAAAUCAAGCUCAUUGGCUCGACAUAAAUAUGAACAUUCCGGACAACGUCCACACAAAUGCGAUGUUUGUAGUAAAGCAUUUAAACACAAACACCAUUUAACUGAACAUAAAAGACUUCAUUCAGGAGAGAAACCAUUUCAAUGUAAAAAAUGUUUGAAACGCUUUUCCCAUUCAGGAUCAUAUUCUCAGCAUAUGAAUCACCGAUACUCUUAUUGUAAACCCUAUCGAAAUUACUUCUACUGUCCAUCUUUAAUUCAAAUUUCUCUCCCUCUCCCUCUCCCUCUCUGGCUUUUUACCUCCGUUCUCCUGAUCUUCUCUCUCUCUCUCCGUCUUAUUACAACAGGACAACGUCCACACAAAUGCGAUGUUUGUAGUAAAGCAUUUAAACACAAACACCAUUUAACUGAACAUAAAAGACUUCAUUCAGGAGAGAAACCAUUUCAAUGUAAAAAAUGUUUGAAACGCUUUUCCCAUUCAGGAUCAUAUUCUCAGCAUAUGAAUCACCGAUACUCUUAUUGUAAACCCUAUCGAAAUUUUGUGAUCACCUUUAACCCCAUCAUGGAAACAACAACAACAACAACAACAACAUUUAAAUCAUUUACAAACCGUAAAUUUAAGUGUCCCGAAUGUGGUAAAGCUUUUAAAUUCAAACAUCACCUCAAGGAACACAUAAGAAUCCACUCAGGUGAUAAACCCUUCCAAUGUUCCCACUGUGGUAAACGUUUCUCCCACUCUGGAUCAUAUUCAUCACAUUUAACAAGUAAAAAAUGUUUCAAAGUUAAUCUCAAAGUGUCCAACACCAACACCAACACCAACAUAAACACCACCAACAACAACCACAAUCACAACCAAAACACCAACAAAAACAACAACAAUAUUAACCAUGUAAACGAUAAUAAUAAUAACAGUAUAAUGAAUACCUCAACUAAUGGUAGUGUCAAUGGCAAUUUAAUUUCUCCUAGUGCUGUUAACAAUAUUCUUAAUCAUCAUCACAAUUUAAUUGCUAACAAUCUUAGCCAUCAUUUUACCAACACAAACCUUGGUAAUCAUCACUCUCACUCUCAUUCUCAUCAUUCUCAUUCUCAACAACAACAACAACAACAACAACAUAACAAUUUAAUUACAAACAACAACCACAACCACAACAACAACAACAAUGUAAACAAAAACAUUAACCAUUUGCCAACUUGUUCCCCACAGGAAAUUAAACCGUUCCAAUUACCACCGUACCAAUGUCCACCGUACCAUUUACCGCCUUAUACGUUACCACCGUACCAUUUACCAACCACAGCAACGUUUCAUAACACUUUCACCGAGAUUGCUCAGGUUCUGCUGGAAUCUCAGAGAACCCUAAAUAAUGUUCAUAGUUUAUCUAAAUUAAAAUCAUCCCUGUUCAACUCAAUUCCAUCUCUAAUCAAUGGAAAUGCUCAUCAACAACUUUCCAUCAAUCCAUUUGACCCUUUCAACAUAUUCACUGUCAACAAUCAAUGGAUGAAUCGUUCAAACGACAUUAAUGUCAAUAGUGGCCUCUCCUGUAAUAAUGACAACGAGGAUAAAUCAGUCGCUCUAUUACCUUCGCUUGAUUAUUCACAAUCAAUUUUCGAUGAUGAUUUUAUUGAUCGUUUCGAAGCACCACUUGAUCUAUCUUUAAAAAAAGAUACUUUCAUGUCCGUUCCAACUGAUUUGUCAUUCAAGAAAAGACCAAUGGUCAGUGAUGAAGAUUCAGUGAACAGUAAUAAUCGAAAUACCAGUGAAAUGGAAAGUGCAUUAACUUUUGAUUGUAAUUAUAUUGAUAAUAUCGAAAGUAAUAUUUGUUUGCAAACAAACAAACUCUCAAAACAAUCAAAGUAUCAACACCAUCCAAGAAAACGAUCUAUGAUACCGUUACCAUCAUCAGUGCCGAUGAGUGGCCUCAUCUCGAUCAUCAAUUCAACUUCACCGGUUGAUUUAUCUCAUCCUGAGACCAUUUUAAGUUGUGAUAAAUGUGAGAAAACCUUCAACAAAUCAAGCUCAUUGGCUCGACAUAAAUAUGAACAUUCCGGACAACGUCCACACAAAUGCGAUGUUUGUAGUAAAGCAUUUAAACACAAACACCAUUUAACUGAACAUAAAAGACUUCAUUCAGGAGAGAAACCAUUUCAAUGUAAAAAAUGUUUGAAACGCUUUUCCCAUUCAGGAUCAUAUUCUCAGCAUAUGAAUCACCGAUACUCUUAUUGUAAACCCUAUCGAAAUUAGCAUCUCUCACCUUUAACCAUCUUCCUUUCUCCCUCUUCCUCUCUCUCUCACUCUACACAACAACAACAACAAUAACAACAACUUGUAAACCUUUGGACUUCUGGAUAUUCAUUACCACAGUUCAUCUCAUCUUCAUCUUCAUCUGCAUCUCCAUCAUCUUCAUCUUCAUUCAUCUUCCAAGACAUUCUUAGGCCUAAAAACAACAAUGAAGCAAAACUUUUAAUCUCUACAAAAAAUUAAAUCAUCUCUCUACUUUUUUGAUCUUUAUCAUGAUGACCUUCAUUCCUUUUAAAUGAUCAUCUUCACAAUCAAGUCCUCUUGUUAUGGUUAUACCUUCAUUCUAAUCAUUAAUCAAGUAUAAACAAUUGAUUAGCUUCUAUUGUCCAUCUUUAAUUCAGAUUGUAUUUUAUCAAUUCUAAAAUGCUAUAUGUGUUUUCUACACACAAAAGACUUUAAAAUAAACAUUCAUUUAUAAAUCAUCUUA